CCAUCUUUCAGUGCCGGUCGCUUCAAGUCAAAGUGAAGAUGAAACCCAAAAAGCAAAAGUUGUCAGGCCAAGAUAUCAGGCCCUUUUUCCAGAAAAGUGGCAAUUCUGGCAGCAGCUCCCUCCCUACGGAGAGUUCUCAGCCGGGCGGCACCAAACCCUCUGAGCCAGCUGGAGCUACAGGCUCUCAGAACUUAAAAUUCAACCAAAGGCGAGUAAAGGAGGAGAAAGAUGCUGAUACCACUGGUGAACAUUUCCAUAGUUUUACAGUGAAAUUCAGUCCUACUGACAACAGCAAAUACACUAUUGGCUGUGAUCAACCUCGCACGGUGCUGGAGGUGAUAAAAUCAUCUGAAAACUAUAGUAAGAGGAUGCAGAAGUGUUUAGAUGAAAACAUUGUCAUUCAGCUGGGUAAAGCAGAUAAAUCAUCUAUUGUUGCAACACAUUUCCCUUGUUCUUGUGUCAAAGAUGGUGAGUCUCUGAUCAUAACAUGUGAAUCAGAACAGGUGGAAGCAGCCCAAGACCAACAACACAAACCAGUGCAGUCAAGAGACAAAUAUUCUGUCUUCUACAUUGACACAGUGGGAGGGCGAUCCACCAAACAAAAGAGGCUGUUUCGAAGCAAUGCUCUCAAACAGUUUAAGUAUCUGUGUGUCUGUGGGGAGAAGGGGAUGACUGUGGAAGAGGCUCUGAAACUGGACGGUCGCUUCAUUGAUGACCUGAGCAACUUCACUCUGUCUGACAAUGAGAAUCCAAACCUCCUCACUGAAUGUACACAGAAGGUUGACAUCCUCGAUAAAAAAAAAUUCAAAGUACGUCUUCCACGAAACAUGAGAAAAAGUGAUGAGAAACAGCAGGAAAACUGUGCCGCAUCAGAUAAUUCAAAAAAGAAGUCUGACACAACAGCAGUCUUAGAUUUGGUACAGCAGAAAGGAAUCAGUGUGAAAACAGCAGUGGCACAGGGAGAUGACAACAUUAAGAAGAUUUAUGAAAUACUGCGUGAGCAGUUUCCGGCUCUGAGAGAAUUGAUGGAGAGUAGAUUCCCCGGUGAUUCUUAUCAGAAAGCACUAGACGUGAGGAAGGAGAACUUUGGAAAGAUCCAACAGGCAUUCAGUGAAGUUCACAGAGUCAGGGAGCUGAUAAAACUGGGCGAGUCUGUUUGCAAAGUGGUUGUUCAGAACGUUAGUGAGGGAACGGGCUUUGUGCUGUUUGACAACUUCAUCUUGACGAACGCACACCUGUUCACCAACUGUGUUGAAGGACAAAAGCUGAGGGAUGGUAUAAAAGUGUUUGUUUUGUUCAACUAUGAAGCUCCUGAGCCAAACACAAAUUAUUACUACUUCCAGCUGGCUAACUCUUUUGUUUGCAACAGUGAGGCUGAGCUCGAUUACGCCAUACUUGAGAUCAACCCUGAGGGCCAGAGGGCCAACCAAGCAACACAAACAAAGAAAAUCAAGAUGCCACCAGGGCUCCUGAAGAAAUUUGGUCCAAUGCCUCAGAAUGGUGAAGCCUGUCUGAUUGGUCACCCAGCAGGGGGGCUGAAAAAAAUGGACCCUACAUGUAUCAUUGAGAAAGAGAACAGGGGAAAGGCUGUCAAUGAUCACCUACAUCCAUUCAAAGACUCAAUUUUCAUUCUCCAUUCGAUCAGUCACCUAAUCAAAGAGCAAGGCAUUGAAAACAUAAUGGUGGGUGGAGAUAAAGCAGAAAAAGUAGUCACCUUCAACACUUUCAUGUAUCAUGGCGCUUCUGGCUCCCCGGUGUUUGAUGCUCAUUGCGAAGUGUUUGGUUUACACACCGCGGGAUAUAUCUAUGAGCAUCAAAACCACAGAGAGUGUGAUAGAGUACGCCCAACCUGUGCUCACUAUUUUUAAACACUUUGUGAGUAUUCUGAAGAAAGCUGGAAAUGGGGAUCUGUUGAGGAGAGUUAAGAAGGAAGCAAAGGGCAACCCACACCU